UCUUCAGCAUACCGAUUCUUGUGGGACACCCCAGAGAGCUUGUGUCUGUGCAGCCAUUGGUCGAGUGUCUUUAAGAGUCAGCUGUUGGGUAGUUGCUUGAAAGCGCCAUCGGAGAAAGGGCAGGCCUAGCUGUGUUUCUCGUCUUUGCUGCAGGACAGUUUGAAGUGGAGAGCGAAGACUCUUUUGGGAGACCGAUUUCUUAACAGCGCUUCAAAGUUGUAAAGAACCUAAAGUACCCUCAGCACUCUGAAUGGAGAGAGACAGUGUGGAGACCUCCGGGCCAGGGGGGAGUGGAGCCUCGCAGACCGGGUACCCCGCCGCGGGCUCGGCUCCGGCGGGCCAGCGGUUCGGAGCGCGUUCUUCUGCUCCAGGAUUCCUGCAGCGCGUCCAGCAGAAGGUCCUGCAGGGGGCCUUGGUGCUUGGCACGCUGUUCCUGCUCCUCUGGGCAGCCUCUUUCAUUUAUGGAAGCUUCUACUACUCUUUCAUGCCCAAAGCGGCGCAUUCAGCCCCGGUACACUACUACUACAGAUCAGACUGUGAGCCUGGAACGUUGCAACCUUGUUCUUAUCCCAUUGCAAACGUUUCUCUUCUCCAAAAUGGCAAGCACCAGAUGAUGUCACUCGGCCAGAAGUACCGCAUCUCUCUGGAGCUGGAGAUGCCCGACUCCCCGACCAAUCAUCUGCUUGGGAUGUUCAUGGUCAGGAUGACCUGCUACUCCAAGGAGAGGGGGAGGGUGUCCUCCUCCACCCACCGCAUCAGCCCCCGGCCCUCGGCCUCCAGCACCCGCUUUACGAUGCUCCGCUACCGCUCUGACCUCCUGAGGACGUUCGCCACGCUGCUCUUCCUCCCGGGGUUCCUGAGCGGCGUGUCCCAGCAGGCCCAGUGGCUGGAGGUGGACCUGUUCACCGACUACACCGACGACCCCUUCUCCCCCUCCGUAGAAGCCAUGUUGGAGGUCCUGUCCAGCCAGGUGCAGAUCUACUCUGCUCGGCUCAACAUCUACGCCGAGUUCACCGGAAUACGCUACCUGCUCUUCCACUACCCGGUGAUGUCAGCACUUGUGGGCGUGUCCAGUAACUUGCUCUUCCUCAGCAUGCUCCUCUUCAUCAGCUACAUGAGGCUGGUUUUCGGAGGCACCGGGACCACGAGUCCGAAACAGUCUGGGAGAUCCACUACAAAUAAGAGCCAUACAUCUGGAUGCGGAGGAAGGUCAGCAACAGGAAAUGUGAGUUGGCCGGCCUUAGGAGAGACAUCUGGGAGGAAGAGGGACGAGCAACAUCUUUUGCUGGAGUUUACUGCAUGUGUCUUAAAAGUGGAAUACAUGGAAUGGACUUCUUACCAUCCUUUAGCAGUAACGGGCCUAGAAACAGAAAACAAGGUCAACACGACUGAGGAACCCACGCAUGAGGAUAUAGAGCCAAAGGACCGACGGGAAAUGACCAACGACGCGGACCACGGACUUAAUGAGCGGAACGCUAAAGAGGAAGCGGAGGAGGACGACGUGUCCACCGACCUACCGGACUGGACGCGGCAGGGCCUGUCACUCAGGGCUCAGGUCAGGGGUCAGGCAAUGCACGGACCUUUUAACAGAAGGCCUAAACUCCUCUCGACUAAAAGCUUCCCCCCGUACAGUCAGCCCAUCGGGGGCCUUGGCCAGGAGAGAGAGAGCGACCCGGAGACUGAGAGCGACUACGAGACUGGUGGUUCACCUGCACCCGACGACAGCAGUCAACGGGGCGCGGGAGACGCGCUACGUCUCGAGGAGCCGGCCGCCUUUGGCUCGGACGCGUGGACCCCAGCGACGGGGCGCGACGGGGAGCGGAGGGGGGCCAUCCUGAGACGGGACUGGGGGGACGGCGUCGAGAGUACCGAAGAACGGGACGGCGGCAUGACCUUGGACGGG